GAAAUGUUGUUUUCGCAACUUCAGAUCCAACUCGAAUAAAACUAAGUCUCAUUUUCGAAAAGAAGUCAGUAACUGCUACUUCUUAGUUGAUUUUACAUAACAAUUCGCAGCAUUUGAGGCACGUUUAACCUUUGAAAACAAUGAAUCGAUACGUUCAUAUAUUGACUAUUGACUACAGCAGUGUAUAAUAUCGCCGUGUGAUCUGUGCGGAUCCUACUUUUACUACGUAAGUCAAGGUGGCCAUUUGAAUUAUCGCAAUAUCGCGUUUGCUGUAGCGUUUUCUGCUUGUCAACAUAUAACGCGAACCAACGGCAUAAAUAAACAUAAUGGUGAAUGACGAAGUUUCUGAAGCAAACAAAAAACCACUAGCUAUUUUUAAAAAUUCAAUGUUUCAACAAAAGUUUCGACCAAUCACUAGUUCUGGGAAGAAAAGGAUUUGGAGAUCUUUAAAGCAGGUUUUGGCUCAAGAACGUGCUCUACCUUGGCCUUCAGAUGCAAUUCACUACAGCUCUAUAAAUGCACCACCUAGUUUCAAACCUGCUAAGAAAUAUUCUGAUAUAUCAGGCUUGCCAGCACAUUAUACAGAUCCACAGACUAAGCUGUAUUACGCAACUGCAGAUGAAUUUAUGACAGUACGAAGUUUGCCAAUGGACAUAACAGCGGGAUAUCUAGCGCUCCGUGGUGCACCAAGCAUUGUUUGAUUGAGAUAGGAGAUUCGUUACAAUAUGUAUACACCAUUCAUAUCGUAUUAUGUAUAUUACUUCAACAUCAUUAUCAUCAUUCUUUAAUUAUAAUUAUUUAUAACUGGAUUGUGUAUUUCGUAGAAAGUUGUAGAUUUUAUAAUCAUGUAUAUAACAAAGGUUAUGACUUUUAAAUAAAUAGACACGAGUUCAUUUUACACAUUUAAUCAAUCAUCAUUAAAAAAGCUUCUUCUUCAUCAUAUAACUUAGUUUAUAAACUAAAGGCUAACGGGAAUUACAAGGGUAUGAGGGAUGGACCUUUACAGAGCGUGUUUACUGUCAGCUUGCCAUCGAUGUACGUUUACAUCAGUAAGUUUAUCAAUAUGCUUUUUUCGGGGCUCGCUCACUGGUGCCGACUUGGCUAU